UGCGCCGACGCGCGCAUCCCAUCGUCGUCGUCGGGUCGCAUCUGCGCAUUUUCCAGCUGAAUUUCCUUCACAGGCGAGGUUCUGCCUGUCCCGGAUUGUCGUGUACGCGCCGACACACCAGACCGGCAGGGAAACUACGGGAAAAUCCUCGACCGUUUCACAUAUCAUCGUCGCUGUGCAUCUCUAACAAGAUCUAUCCUGACAGGUUGAAUAAUUAUGUACAAAACUGUGCGGAAAGGCGAUGCCAGCCUGCAGUACACGAUACUGCCACAGACGGAUCAGUUCUCAUCCGGCGGAUUUCCGCAAACUUCCGGCAAACCUCGGCCGAGGAUCAUCAAGUAUACGAUGGGCACCGUGAUGGUACUCAUCAUUCUCUCCUGCGUGGCCACGCCGUUCCUGAUGAAUCAGAAUGAUCACAAUCUUUUCGCCAGCACGAUGCUGGCGAUGAGCCGAGUCGAGCCUGUCAGGAACACAUCGAAGAGCCAAACGAAGGACAUUGGUGUUAGUAAGAACAGAAGCAGAAUUCCUACUACCACGAUGUCGACGAUCGAGGUCACUAGGAGGAAAGACCUCGAAGACAGUACGACUCCUUUCAACGGAAUUCUCCGAGGGGAGGAAGAGGAAGAGGAAGCGGUAGUUGAUGAUACCACGUUAGCAGACACAUCGGAAAUUAGUACGCAAGCAAUUCCAAGCACGGAAACGUCAAUGAGCGUCCGUCAAAUGAUGACGACUUCCGCUCUACCGUCGACGAUGGUCCUCUCGGCGUCGUCGACGACCCCGAAGGCGUCCUCGAGCGGCACGACAGAGGACACGAAGACGGCGAGCACGCUCAAAAAACCGAAGAUGCCGAGGGUGACCCUGAAGCUGCGCGAAAACGAGACCAUUCCGCAGAUGUACAUGAAAGCUGGCAUAGCCUCGUACAAGAAAGGCAACAUCACUACUAGCGUUCUCGCGCCGCGCCUGAGCCUUGAGGGCCUGAUAUUCAAAACGCCAGAGGGGACGAUAAAGCCCUGGCCUCAAAAGUGGUUCUUCAGCGAUCCCUCGGCCGACUUUCAGUGGAAGGGCUCGACCCAAAUGCCGGUAACAAUUUACAUUGUCCUCGCGGGACUGGCAGCUUUGGCAAGCAUCAGCAUCGUCCUAAUGUUUUACGUGCAACGUAAGGCAUCAAGACGUCAACGGCCAAACAUAGAGGAGCCGGAAGUCGAGGAACACGAGGAAGACAAAUCGACUUUACUGGGCGCGGAGAGCCAAGAGAUCGAGGAGAAAGAGUAAAUGCCCGGCGAGACAAACACAAUGCAUCAUAGCGCGCGUAAGACUUGCCUAUUUUUACAACACACAACACAUCAGUUAGGUUUAGAGUCUUCCAGGUCGAGGGAUAGAACGUGGAAAAAACAAACGGGUGAGAGAGAUGCGAGAAGGAUUUGUUUGAUGAUGCAGCCAGAAUUAACUAUAGAGAAUCGCAUUAGGACGAACGCGCUCCGUGAUUCGGUUGCCUGAAUUGAAGAUCUGCACGAUAUUUUUUCUCGCGAGACUGCUCACCACAUUGUUGUUACGCCCGUAAGUUUGAUCUUCGUGUCAUAGCGGAUUUUUAAACAAGAGAUUUUUCCGCGCAAAAGCGGAAACAAUCACAUUGUACAAUCAUUCUUAGCGUUGCGUUUUUAUUUAGACGCCCAAUUUACAUGUUUGUUAAGAAAUUAGCGAUGGACCAGUUAAGUUUGUUACAAUUGUGGUAUACCUCGACUAGCGACUAUUAUUAAAGCGAAAAUGAUACGAUAAUGAAUCUUGCGAUAGUCGAGUCGAUCAGGAAAAGUUAAGCAUACAAAUUCUGUUGUUUAUUAUAUAAGCUUGCGAUAAAGCAGAGCAGGUUUUAAAAACCCGUCACGGACGGACGCACAAUACGUGCGUGAAGACAAACUACAUAUAUACAGAGGAAAAGUACCUCAUUGGCGAGUUAAGGAGACCAAAAUUUAUAAAGUUUUUCACAAAAUAGUAAAUAUAGAGCUUUUUUAUUCAAUCUCUUUAGACAUUUUUCAGAAUUUUUGCGAAAUUUAACUCAACAAUGUCUAAAAAAAGAUUAUCUUUAAAAUUUGAUUAGUGAAUGAACUUUAGGACACAUGUUUUUGUAAUAAAGGAAUGCAGGAAUUGAGGAAGAAAGGAUUUUAAAUAAAAUAAGAAAUGAGUAAUUUAAAUCAUACAAUGCGCAGUAGAUGAAAAUUAGUCCAAAGAUCUAGAGAGAGAAAAAAUUCAAUUAGAAAUGUACACGCGACAGUACAUAAGAAAAUAUCUUAUAAUCUUGAAACGCUUAAACAAUUUUAGAAGCCUCAAGGAAGGUCUCCUUAAUUCGACCAUCUGUAUUUCCUAUAAACUUUCUAUAAUGUAUACAGUAUGCGUAUAUACAAUAUAUAUGAUUAUAAGAUAUUAUGUAUACGUGUGUCAUCGACUUUUCUAGCAAAUCUCGAAAAAGCAAAACAGUGCUUUUUCACUUUCUCACGCCAGUCGAAUUCUAUCUGCGUACAAAAGUAGCCGUACUGCCAGCUACAAUAAAGGGCCAGCUUUUCAACCUCGUUUAAUUAAAAGUGAUGUUUGACGAACGUGCUAUCAGGUAUAUUGUUCGAUCGAUAUUCGCACAUCGUUCACUCGACGAUAUCUAUCGUAUGGGGAGAAACGUAAUAUCAUGUUUUUUGCAAUAUCUCUCAAACAGCUUGACGAUAUCGCAUCUAAAACAUAUGUAUGUAUCUAUAUGUAACUCAUAUUAAAUUAACUCUCACGCUCUGCGCAGCAUCAAAGUUUAAUUAACAGUUUGAUUUAAUCAACGCGUUAUUUUGCUAAAAGUAUGAUACGAAAUCAUUUGUAAAAGUACAUAAAAUUGGAACAAGAAAUUUUAUAUAACUGACUAGUAUUCAGCUUUCGGAAACACGAAAUCAUAUUUAAUUGAAAUUAAAAUUAAUUUAGACAUGCAUUAUAUUUGUCAAU